CAGGCUGUAGAUUUUUGUUUCAGCUGUUUAGUCGAAGGUUCCGAUUGAUUGGUGUGUCCGUGAUUAGUACAGCCAACGUGUAGGAGCCGUGUAGCAGUGCGUGUAUAAACAAUAUCGUGUGUAUGGGUACAGCAGCGGAGCGUGGCUAGACGGAGCUCGCACACGGGCAGGCAAGCAGGCGGACAGGCGGGGGGAGCGCGCGUGUAGUGAGGGCCCUGUGUGCUGCCGAGUGUGUGUGUCGUGCAUGAGAGCUGGCAACUUUACCAGAUGUUUGCUACCAUGUUUUUGAACACCUUGACUCCCAAGUUCUAUGUGGCCUUAACUGGAACCUCUUCACUCAUAUCUGGACUUAUCUUGAUCUUUGAAUGGUGGUACUUUAAAAAGUACGGCACAUCCUUCAUAGAGCAGGUUUCACUGAAUCACAUAAGUCCUCUCCUUGGGGGUGGGGAUGCAAGCUCAGAAAGCACAGCCACAAGCAGCAUCAACGGCGCGGCCACCACCAACGGUGGCACUAUCAUAUCCAAUGGCAGCGUGGAGAAUGGCAGUCGAGCUUCUAGUCAGCAAUCCUCUUUACCUGGUCAGUCAUCAAAAUGUAAAGUCUGGCGGAACCCCUUAAACCUGUUCCGUGGUUCUGAGUACCAGAGGUUUAACUGGGCGACGGGGAAAGAACCACUGACAUACUAUGACAUGAACCUGUCUGCCCAGGACCACCAGACCUACUUUACAUGUGAGGCAGACACAGGCAAGCCUGAAUAUGAAAUUAUGCAGAUGGCAUGGAGAGAGAGGAACCCCCAAUCUCGCAUUAAGGCUGCACACAAUGCUCUGGAAAAGAACCCCGAAUGUGCCACAGCAAUGGUGCUUUUAGCAGAAGAGGAAACAACCACAGUUUUAGAGUGUGAGAAAAUGUUCAAGCAAGCAUAUAAAGCAGCUGAAGGCAGUUAUAGAAAGUCACAGGCCACACAACAUCAGAACUCAACACAAGAAGCUUUGCACCGUCGAGAUAUGAAUGUUUUAGUUUACAUAAAGAGAAGACUUGCUAUGUGUGCUCGUAAACUAGGCAGAACAAGAGAAGCUGUGAAGAUGAUGAGAGAUUUGUUGAAAGAGUCUCCUGUUAUGAACUUCAACAUUCAUGAAAAUUUGAUAGAGGCGUUGCUUGACUUGCAGGCAUAUGCUGAUGUCCAAGCUGUUUUAGCCAGGUUUGAUGACAUCAGCUUGCCAAAGUCUGCUACAAUAUGUUACACAGCAGCCUUGUUGAAAGCAAGAGCAGUAGCUGAUAAGUUUUCUCCAGACAUAGCUUCUAAAAGAGGAUUAAGUACAGCAGAAAUGACAGCGGUAGAAGCAAUUCAUAGAGCUGUUGAGUUUAAUCCACACGUUCCAAAGUAUCUUUUAGAAAUGAAGAGCUUGAUCUUACCCCCUGAACAUAUUUUAAAGAGAGGAGACAGUGAAGCUAUCGCAUACUCAUUCUUUCAUCUGCAUCACUGGAAACGUGUGGAGGGAGCUCUCAACCUUUUACAUUGUACAUGGGAAGGAACAUUUCGUAUGAUUCCCUACCCAUUAGAAAAAGGACAUUUAUUUCACCCUUACCCAACAUGUACAGAAAAUGCUGACAGAGAACUGUUGCCAGCCUUCCAUGAAGUAUCUGUCUACCCCAAGAAAGAGUUACCCUUUUUUAUCCUGUUUACUGCCGGACUGUGUUCUUUCACUGCCCUCCUCGCCCUCCUCACACAUCAGUAUCCUGAACCCAUGGGUGUUGUCGUCAGAACAAUGCUCGGCUGGCUUUAUCUCCCUUUGAGCUACAUACUGGAAAAGUUAGAGGCAAUUUUGCCAUCAAAUCUGCUGCAUCAGCUGUCUCGCAUUUAAUUGACGUAUCAUCCCCUGGUCCAUCACUGACGUCCCUAUCAGGCACAUCAUUAUCACCUUCAUUACAGACUUGGCGCUUUUAUGUUCUUGUUAUUUUGUGUAAGCUGGCCAUUGGCUGACCUAGUUGUGUAAGCUGACCAGUGACUGACCUAGUUGUGUAAGCUGACCAGUGACUGACCUAGUUGUGUAAGCUGACCAGUGACUGACCUAGUUGACCAGUGAUUGAUCUAGUUGUGUAAGCUGGCCAUUGGCUGACCUAGUUGUGUAAGAUGACCAGUGACUGAUCUAGUUGUGUAAGCUGACCCGUGACUGACCUAGUUCUAUAAACUGACCAGUAACUGAUCUAGUUCUUUAAUGACCAGUAACUGAUCUAGUUGUGUCAUCUGACUGUGUUGACUGACCUAGUUCUGUAAAGCAACCAGUGACUGACCUAGUUGUGUUAGCUGACCAAUGACUGACCUAGUUGUGUAAGCUGACCAUUGACUGACCUAAUUGUGUAAACUGACUAGUGACUGACCUAGUUCUGUAAACUAACCAGUAACUGAUCUAGUUGUGUCAUCUGACCAUUGACUGGCCUAGUUCUGUAAGCUGACCAGUGACUGACCUAUUUCUUUAAGCUGACCAGUGACUUACCUAAUUGUGUAAACUGACUAGUGACUGACCUAGUUCUGUAAACUAACCAGUAACUGAUCUAGUUGUGUCAUCUGACCAUUGACUGGCCUAGUUCUGUAAGCUGACCAGUGACUGACCUAUUUCUGUAAGCUGACCAGUGACUGGCCUUGUCUGCUUAGUACAGUAGUCGGCAACCUUGUAGUACUAAACCUUUAUUGAUCAAACAGCUCUGUAUAAUAACUAGAUACUUAAAAAGAUUGGUAAAAUGGGUUUUAAUUGUAAUUUCUACAGUCUACUUCAUCAGGACCAUUGUAUAACUAACACUCUCUGUGUGAUUUCUUCUUCAUACUUUUAAAACAUCUCUGUACUUGUAAAGGUUGCUGACCCUUGACCUAGUGUAAUAACUGGCCAGCUACAAGUCCAACUGGUGUUAUUGGCCAAUGACUGGCUGUGUCCACUUAUUGUAAGCUGGCCGCAUCCACUGUUUGCUGGCCUAGCCGUAGACUCAUUGACUGAUAUUUUUUCUGUUGGCUACAAAAACCAACCCAACUCUCUGGGGUAUCAUAUCAUGUGUUAGUGCUUCAGGCUGUGGUGUAGCCUCAACACCCUGCUACAUCUGGCUACCACAGCUGACAGACAGGUCCUGUUGUACAAACACAAUUCUCUCCUGUUGGUCAAUAGAAUUUCUGGACCAGCGCUAUCUCAAGAUUUCACAUCCUUGUACGAAAUAAUUGUGGCAAAAAAAGGGUAACAAUACAGCUAUCACUAUGUUUUCUAGAAAAAUUGUUUUCUAACUUGUUAUUUAAUCACCAAAAAAAUAAAAGGCUAAUUUACAUGACUGUUGCUGAUUGGCUAGCACAAUUCAGGUUUGUUCCUGGGCAGGGAGAUAACUCCAGAAUUUUAUUAGGUUUAACAGUUAACUAGAUGUUAUUAUUGACAGUUAGUGUUAAGCUUCUCUGUUAACUAAAAUAAUGUUUAUGCUUUCAAAAUGGUUAUAUUACAUGGAAGAGGAAGUAUAUUCUCCUGUAUUAAAAGUGUAAUAGAUUGGUACAAAUUAGUGUUAAAAUGGUCUGUUCCUCUGGUAUAUGUUUUAGAGGUAAAACAGACAAUUCUCUUAAAUAAACAUUAAAAGAGUAAUAGCAUUGGUACUAUUUGCGUGUAAUUAUCUAAAAUGUGAUACUGUAUUAUUAACUUGAUAGAUUUAUGUGUCAAGCUAAAGUAAAUUUGAUGAACUAAAAAAAA